ACUUUAAUCUCAAGCCAAAACAGGUUUCUUGCUUGGAGAAUUUAUUCCUUGGUAAGGAUGUGAUAGCUGUUCUUCCUACUGGUUUUGGGAAAUCGUAUUUAUUUCAUGCAUUGCCAGAUUUAUUUCCCGAGAAAUUACCCGGUGCAAACAACAUUGUGCUAGUAUUAUGUCCGCUCAAUUCUAUUUUGGAAGAUCAAAUUACAGUACUCACAUCCCAAGGAAUUGCAGCUGAUGUUCUCAGGGUCGGAACUGAAGGUUUAGAGUCUGUGCCAGCUUCUCUGUUCGAUAUUAACGAGGUAAAGAAUUGAAACGCAGAUGCUAACAAUACACUGUCAGACAAUGUUUCCGAAGCUAGAAUUAAGAUUUUGCUUUGUCAUCCAGAAGCAAUCCUGAGCAACGAAGGAAGGAAUCUCAUGAAAUCAGAGUGUUCUCAAAAGCGUGUAGUCGCAUGGGUUGUCGACGAAGCUCACUGUAUCAAAAUAUGGUAAACACCGUCUUGUUUUAUACUUUAUAUUAAUUGUGUCUAAUAAGCUAUAGUUUAUAUUGCAUUACUAUCGUUUAUACACGGUAUUUAACAGUGAAAUAUAUCAGAGGGAGAUUAUAUCUUGACACGAUUCUCGAUUCUACAUAUUAAAGAUUCAAUCCAUUAUUUCAAAAUGGCCAUUCCAUUUAUUUCCAUACCCCCCCCCCCCAUGGAUUUUUUGAAAGGUGACCCCAAAGUCAUAGAGUAAUGCACCUAUCAAUGUUAACCCCCAGAGGGGGGGGGUCGGGCAUAUGUGGGGUAUUUGAUCAUCAAUUGCAUCCCCACCCUGGGGAUUUUGAUCAGCAUUUUGGCCCCAAGUUGGGGCAAUUUGAACCAAUUAACCUUUAUUAAUAUAGUAUUUAUUGCAAUUUAUUGCAAAAUAGUGGGACAUUUGACCGAUAUUUAUUGCCCGACGGUGGGGAAUUUGAUUGAAAAUUUGCUCAAAAAGUCAAAUGCCCCACCUAUGCCCGACCACCCCCCCCCCCCUCUGGGGCUUAACAUUGAUAGGUGCAUAAGGAUUCAGUUCCUUACUUUGUGCCAAAGUUGUUUCUGUUGGUUUAUUAAAGGGGCCACGUCUAUGUUCGUGUUGCCACAAAUAACGUCAAAUCUACGUUAUUACUUAUGCACCCAACCAUGAUAACCUGAUUGAUAUUCAGUCGUAUUUUGACCGCUAUUAUUGUACUUUGUUACCAUCAUUGAUUGGGAUUGUAUUUUGGUACAAUAGUUAAAAAAAUAUACACUAUUCGGAAACUGCCAUGGCUAUUUUGGACAUUAAUUGUGAAAUUGGCAUUCAUGAGAUAAUGUCGACAAGUUCACAAAAAAACCCACCCACUUAUGAUGUUGUUUUGACGUUAUUUGUGGCAACAGGAAUAUGUAUGGAUGUGGCCCCUACCCCUGUCGGCAUCCUUUGAUCUCUAUGUUUUUUUCUGAUGUGUAAGGGGGAAACUUACAAAUUUCUGAGGGAUGUUUUGUUGUCUGCACUUUGAUCCUUUUUUCUUAUGGGUUAAAAUUUUACUGAUCUCAUCCAUAGGAGGGAGGGGGGAUAUUAAAUGGAAUGGCCAAUACCAAAACAUAACAGUUCAAAUUGUUGAUUAAGUUGAAAGUGUACAUUAAUUGGUGUCCGUUUUACUUAAAUUAUUUCAUAAUUCGAACGCAUAAUUCGAACAAAAAUGUUAAUUCGAAUUUGAACUAUUUAAUAUAUUAGAAACAUCAAACAAUUAGACAAAUUAUCAAUUUCUGAUUAAAUACACCUUUAUAGUGAAGUGUGAUUGUGGUUCUACUUAAUUAAUGUAAAAUAUUCAAUGUUCUAAUACUGGCCUUCAUAACUUAUUGACUUUCUAAGGUACAAUUGGGGCUCAGUCUACCCGACGAUUGAAGAAAGAUGGGCUCCACCCACAAGCACCCUAGGGCUGGUAAAUAAUAAAAUAAAAGAAAACACAUGUUUUGAAUUUUGAUGACUAUAGAGAUUGCUGCUAAAAUGUUUGAAAAUAAGCAUACCACCAGCAAUAUAAUAUAUAGCUAUUUUAUUUAAUACAUAUAAUUAUAAAUUCUGAUAAAAUUUUAUUACUUUUUAGGGGUGAAAUUGUGAAAAUUUUCGUGUCAAGUAUAUGGACUUGGCUGCCAUUCGUUCCUUUUUCUGUAACGUCCCAGUGCUUGCUCUUACUGCCACUGCUCCUCCAAAAACAAUCUCUAUCAUCCAAGAAAGUUUAGCCAUGGUAUCCUGCAUGGUGAUCAAAGUCUAUCCUGACAGGAGAAACAUUUAUUUAACUAAACAUUACCGUUUGGAUUCAUGUUAUGGCUUAGAAAGCUUUAACAGAAUUUUAAAGCCCAUUGCAUACGAGUUAUUGGAGAAGAAACAAAACUAUCCUAUGACUGUUGUUUAUACAAAGCUUCAGUACUGUGGGUAUGCAUAUCGAUUAUUUGAAGAGAUAGUUGGUGAUAAUCAGUAUGUUGGUGGUAACAUUCAUCCAAACUGCAGCCUUUUUGCACAAUAUCAUGCUCCACAGACAGGCUGUAUGAAGACUGAAAUUCUUAAGGAAAUCAAGAAAUAUGAUUCAAAUAUCCAGGUAAUUUUUGCAACUAGUGCCUUGGGGAUGGGUGUCGAUGCACCAGGUAUAACAAAAGUAAUUCACAUUGGUCCACCAUCCACAUUAGAAAAUUAUCUCCAGGAAAUUGGGAGAGCUGGUCGUCGAGGUUGCCAAUCAACAGCAGACCUUUAUUUCUGUAAUUCAGAUGUUAGCAGUUUGAAGGUCAGGACAGGACUUGUUGACCCUUCAGUUGCAGUAUAUUGCCUGAAUGAAACUGAAUGUCAACGCAAACAACUUAUGGUUUACUUUGGCUUUAAUAACAUUCCAGUUCAAGACAAAUGUUGUUGCAUUUGCGAUGGUUCAUUUGGAAAUGAAACUAGCUGUAUUGAAAAAAAAGCCUGCGUUUCCUAAAGGGAAAGUGCGAAAUGUCACUCCUGAAAACUUGUCAAAAUUAUCAAGUGAACUUUUUGGAUAUAUUAGUACUACCAAUGCCAUAAAUGCUUUGGAAGAUGAGUAUUGUUUAUUUGGACAAACUCCACAUGUGUCUGAAAACACUGUAAAAGACAUUUUAACUCAUGCUGAACUAAUAUCUACUGAGGACGAUUUAUUGACAGAACUUGGUAUCUGGGAUCAGACUCACUCAUCCGCAAUUUUUUCCCUCAUCUUAAAGUAUUCAUCAUGA